GCUGGCGCAAAGGGUGAGCAGUUCAAACGCCUGGGCUCCAUGACGGCACCUCCUGAACAGUAAAAGCUGUGCAUGUUGUUUGCUAGAAACGUUAUUUUUCUGCAAAUUUUAUCAGCAUCUAGUGCGAAAUAAAUUGCAGGGUUUGAGGAACAAUAGAAGAUCUUCCAAUCGGUGUGAUUAAACGGUUAAUGCGAGCAACUGAUGUGAAGUACAAACCGUUUAAUCAUCUCCUCCUCCCUAAAUGAUAGGGAGGCUUCAUAGCCCAGAGGAAAACAUAGAUUGCCUAAUAGACCUGCAGUUCCUUUUUGACAAUCAAAUAAACAGCAACUGAUGGCGACCAGUGCCAAGAGACCAUCCCUGCAGGGUCCUGUGCCACCUCCUCGCAAGAAGACGACCCCCAAACCAGAGCUGACUGAGGAGCAGAAGCAGGAGAUCAGGGAGGCCUUUGAGCUGUUUGACACAGAUGGAUCCGGAUACAUUGAUGUCAAGGAGCUAAAGGUUGCAAUGAGAGCUCUGGGGUUUGAACCAAAGAAAGAGGAGAUCAAGAAGAUGAUUGGUGAUGUGGAUAAGGACGGCACAGGGAAAAUCUCCUUCGCUGACUUCCUCUCUGUCAUGACACAGAAAAUGGCAGAGAAAGACUCCAAAGAGGAGAUCCUGAAAGCUUUCCGCCUGUUUGAUGACGACGAGACGGGAAAGAUCUCGUUCAGGAAUCUGAAGAGAGUAGCCAAAGAGCUGGGAGAGAACCUCACAGAUGAAGAGCUGCAGGAAAUGAUAGAUGAAGCAGACAGGGAUGGAGAUGGAGAAGUGAACCAGCAGGAGUUCCUGCGCAUUAUGAAGAAAACCUGCCUCUACUGAAACAAGUGUAAGCCAUUAGUGAAGGUGAUGUAGAGGGAACCAGUGGUGGUUUCCCAUAUAAUGCUGCUCAUAUAUCUAUUUUCCCUCUCCUCAUUAUUGUGUCGUGCCAUACAUUUCCACAUAUAAUAAAUCAAAUGUUUAACUUUCACAUACUACACAAUGCCAAAUUGUCCUCCUUUGAUUUACAUGAUAACCUACAUUACAUUUGCCAAAAACAGAAAGAGAAUUCUCUCUUUCUUGUUUGGAAUGCUGCAUACUUUUAUGAAGAACACAUUGAUUAAAUAGUCAACGAUAUGUAGGUUAUUUAUUGUCAAGAAAUUCUCAGUGCCUACGUCAAUACAGUGACAAACACAGUACAUUCCAAUGCUUUGAUUGAUAAUUAAAUGUGUGCAUACAGUUUGGUCCAUCUGCAGAGUGUUUGGUUUACACUGGUAACUCCAGUGUUAUAUGUUAUUUGCUCUUGUAACUGCUGAAGACUGGGGAGCGCUGUCUCUCCUCAGUGCUACCUGUGGAUUUGUGCCUGUGCCUCUCCAAAGGGGUGAUCCCACUAACUUUAAAGUAUGAGUUAUUGUGUAGGUAUUUUUCUUGUAGAAUUGAGUAUUUAUCCCUCUGUUGUUUAAGCGUAACUACUCUAUAAUACACAAAAUGCUCUGUAUUCUUGAAUGUUUUGUAUGAUACAAAGUGACUUUAAUGAGUCAAUUAUACAGCAUAUAUAAGUGUUUAAGGUACAAAUUAAAUAUCUUGAAGCAGUU